CAUUCGAUAGCCCCCUUUGCUUGCUUCGCCUGCCCUCACAUUUCCUUCCUUCCUUCCCUCGCCGCCUCCACGCGCACCAGAAACCGCCGCUCUCUCUCUCUCUCCCCCUGCCUCUCUCGCAACUAGUCUUUCUUUGCGUGCCCAGAGGAAGAAGGAAGAAGACGAACAAGGUCGUCUUGGGCUCUUGGAAGCUGCGUCAGGGCCUCAGGGAGAUGGCCAUCGACCACGAGUCCCCCUUCAAGGAGCUCCGCCUCAAGAACCGCAGGAUCAUGGGAGGCGGCGGCCCUGAGCCGGAGGAGGAGGCCGCCUCGGCCGCGGCGGCCGUGCACGGGGAGCAGUGGCCGCGCUGGCUGGGCUCGCUGCUGUCCGCGCGCUUUUUCGCGCAUUGCAAGACCCACGCCGACUCGCACCGCAGCGGGGAGUGCAACAUGUUCUGCCUCGACUGCAGCGCCGCCGCCCCGGGCGCCGCCGGAGCCGGCGCGCUCUGCUCCCUGUGCCUCGCGCACGGCCACCGCGACCACCAAACCAUCCAGAUCCGGCGCUCCUCGUACCACGACGUCAUCCGGGUGUCGGACAUCCAGCGGUUCAUGGACAUCGCCGGCGUGCAGACGUACGUCAUCAACGGUGCGCGCGUCGUCUUCCUCAACGAGCGGCCCCAGCAGCAGAAGCCCGGCGGCGGCGGCGGCAAGGCCGCAUCCGCCUCCGCCAACCUAUGCGAGGUCUGCGCCCGCAGCCUCCUCGACAACUUCCGCUUCUGCUCCCUCGGAUGCAAGGUCGUAGGCUGCUCCCCCGACGCCGCCAAGGCCAGGAACAGGCUCAUCCGGUCCUCCGACGGCUCCACCUCCUCCUCUUCCCUGCGCAAUGCCGACAAGAAGCAGAGCUUCACGCCGCCCACGCCUCCGACCCUGCCGGCGAAGCGGCGCAAGGGCAUCCCGCACCGCGCGCCAUUCGGCAGCCUCAUCGUCGAGUACUAGCUCACCUGCCAUCCUCAGGGCUGCAUUCGCAUUACCCAGCGCAGUAAAGUAAAAGUACACUCUUCAACCAACGAACGCACAGUGAGUCAGUCAGUGAAUCCAUGCACGAAUCCAUCCGCCAUUACUGAUUACUGCAAUGGGAUGGUGGCAAAGGAGGGAGCCACCACUUCGAUGGCCGCCUUCCUUUGCCAUGGCACUUCGGUUGGUGGUGCUUCUCGAGGUGGAUCCAUUUGCUUGCUUGCUUUGCUUUUCACAAAGGAAGAGAGAAAGAAAGGAGGGUGCUUUCUAGACAAUUACUUACUAUGUCCGUCAAUCAAACUAGCUUUCCAUUGAGAGUUAAUUACUGUUGUUAGGACAGAAGAUAUAUAUUUCUGAUAGAAAUAUAUGUACAUGUUUAGUCCUGUUCUGCUUCAUAUCAUCAUAUUAUAGCUUUUGUGA